CAGGAUCUUGUCUUGAGAAGAAAGAAAAGUGUUCGUGUUCUUGAUUCAAAAGGGCAAAGAAGAUCAUUACUAAUACUCACCGAAGAACACUGAUCCUCCGAGCAUCAUCAUCAUGAGUCGUGGAAGUGGAGGUGGAUAUGAUCGUCACAUUACUAUAUUUUCGCCCGAAGGUCGUCUCUUUCAAGUCGAAUAUGCUUUUAAAGCUGUUAAAGCAGCUGGAGUCACCUCAAUCGGUGUUCGAGGCAAAGACUCCGUAUGUGUCGUGACCCAGAAGAAGGUUCCGGACAAGCUCUUGGAUCCAACCAGCGUUACACAUCUUUUCCCCGUUACUAAGUUCCUUGGAUUGUUAGCUACUGGCACUACUGCUGAUGCAAGGACAUUGGUUCAACAAGCAAGAAAUGAAGCAGCUGAGUUUCGUUAUAAAUAUGGUUAUGAGAUGCCUGUUGACGUAUUGGCAAGAUGGAUUGCUGACAAAUCACAAGUUUAUACUCAACAUGCUUACAUGAGACCACUUGGAGUAGUGGCUAUGGUGUUGGGUAUUGAUGAUGAGAAUGGGCCUAAACUCUUCAAAUGUGAUCCAGCAGGACAUUUCUUUGGACAUAAGGCAACAAGUGCUGGGUUGAAAGAGCAAGAGGCGAUUAAUUUCCUUGAGAAGAAAAUGAAAAAUGACCCUCAAUUUACUUAUGAUGAAACUGUACAGACUGCAAUCUCUGCUUUGCAAUCUGUUCUACAAGAAGACUUCAAGGCCAAUGAGAUUGAGGUUGGAGUUGUGAGAAAAGAGAAUGCAGUUUUUCGUGUGUUGUCGACUGAGGAAAUUGAUGAACAUUUGACUGCUAUCAGUGAGCGUGACUAGAUUUGUGUUGGGUUUGGUUUAAUGUUUUUUGUGAUUUAUGUUUUUAUUGAAUUGGAAGAAUGUUUGGUCAGGAUUUUAUAUUAACUCUGUUGUUCUUGAAUCGCUAGCUGUUUCUCAAGUGAAUUAUUAUUAUUCAUAUUUGAAUUGGUGAAAUGGUGAUUUAGUUUAUUUA